CACACACACACACACUUUCACUCUUUCUCAUUUACCUCCAUUCAAUACCCACGCUGACGGGUGACAAAGCAAAGCGCGUCUUUAGAAAUGACAAUCACAAAGCUAGACAGUGUGCUUUUGCCCAGAAAGAAGUUCAUCUAUCAUUACAAGAACUUGCGCUGGGCAAGGGGCCGGUGUGAGACAUACCUCUGCUUUGUGGUGAAAAGGAGGGUGGGCCCAGACUCCUUGACUUUUGACUUUGGGCACCUCCGUAACCGCAAUGGCUGCCAUGUGGAGCUUCUUUUUCUGCGCUACUUGGGAGCGUUGUGCCCUGGUCUGUGGGGCUACGGCUCAGGAAAGGUCAGCUACUCCAUCACCUGGUUUUGCUCGUGGUCCCCCUGUGCCAACUGCUCCUACAGACUGGCCCAAUUCCUCAGCAAGACUCCCAACCUUCGACUCAGGAUUUUUGUCUCUCGGCUUUAUUUCUGUGAUUUGGAAGACAGCCGUGAAAGGGAGGGUCUGAGAAUACUGAAAAAAGCUGGUGUGCACAUCACAGUCAUGAGUUACAAAGACUACUUCUAUUGCUGGCAGACCUUUGUGGCUGGGAGGGAGAGCAAAUUCAAGCCCUGGGAUGGGCUGCACCAAAACUCUGUCCGCCUGGCAAGAAAACUCAAUCGCAUCCUUCAGCCCUGCGAGACCGAAGAUUUACGAGAUGCCUUCAAGCUUCUUGGACUGUGA